AUGACAUUCCAGUCGCUCGUCGCCGCCGCGGGACAACCGAUUGAAGAUGCUGGCGAAGAAACUUUCUUACUGUUCAGCCAAGACAUCCCGAGCAAUAACUUGGGCUUCAUCGACCCCAAGGCCGAUUCUUUGGAGAUUGAAAUCGCUGGCCAUGACUACGUGCUGCGGCAAUCACCAGGCCUUCUCCACUCCAGUAGACAGGAAGGAACCACAGGGGCGGUGAUCUGGAAGAUUACUCCACUCCUGGCAGCCUGGUUGACGUCUUUGCCUCCAAUACUGAGUGGCGUUCUCCAUGACACUGCAGUUGUUGUCGAGCUUGGUUGUGGCAUCACCGGCUUGCUGGGUCUCGUCCUGUCGAGAUUUGUGCAGUGUUAUGUCCUCACAGAUCAAGCCUAUGUGGUGAAAUACCUGAGGGAGAACAUAGCUGCUAACACAGCAUCUCUGAAAAGGAAGAAGAUCCGCAAGAAGAGACCCAACGAGAAAGAGAUGGCACAGGAAGAACGCCUCAAGGUCUUACCCUUAGAUUGGGAAGCGGACAGCGUUGAAAAUCUCAAGUCAGCCAUCCCACAGGACGCCGUGAUUGAUCUGCUCGUGCUCUGCGACUGUGUUUAUAACGAGUAUCUUAUCUCUCCGUUGGUGCAGACCUGUGUGGAUGCGUGUCGUCUGGCAUCAACAGAAACAAAACCGACGGUUGUUUUGGUGGCUCAACAGCUGCGGUCUGAUACAGUCUGCGAAUUGUUCUUGGACGCUUUGAUGAAGGAAUUCCACGUAUGGCGCGUUCCGGAUCAGGAGCUUUCGUCCCAGCUACAGUCUGGCUCGGGUUAUGUGGUCCAUCUGGCCAUACUGAAGGCUGAGGUCAGGAAGCUAGAAUAG